UAAAAUCGUAAUUGACGUUAUGUCGUUUUUCCGUCAUAAAUCCGAAUGCUUUGCUUUGCUAUUUUGAUUAAAAGAAGCAAAUCUUAGGGAAGCAAAGAAAAAGAAGGAUAAUCUUAAGUUGUUUUAUAACAGUGCAGUCAUUGAUAUUUUGUGAGGUGAUUUAACUUGAUUUUUUUCAUACUCUUAAAUCGUGGCUGUAAAAGCAGCCAGUGUUUUAUAGAUUUUGACAUUUUUGCAAAAAAACACGAAUAACACCUUACAAAACUUUUUUUUAUUGAAGUAGUUAUUUUCAGUUUAUUCCGAAAUGCCUUUCGAUAAUAACGCGGAGUCUGAACCAUCACAUUUGUAAAUUUAUUCACUAAUUUCUGCAUAAAUACGUAAUAGAAAACAAGAAUAAUGUCUUUAAUAGAGGGUGUUGGUGAUGAAGUGGUGCAAUUUGUGGUUGUUUUACUAGUUGUGGUGAUUGCGUCUUUAGCGUGGUGGUCCACUAAUGCAAGACCUGAUAGAUACAGAACUGUACUGGUUAUGCGAUCUCGUCCUCAUCACCCUGUCACUGUCAGCAUACUAACUAGGUCAAAUAUAACAAACACUCAGUUUAAUACUAGUCCGCCAUCGACAUCUGAAUCAAUGGCUACAAGUACAACGAGUUCCGAUAAUGAAAAUAGCAGAGACAGUAGAGUAAUACCUUUACAGGAAAUGGAUAGCAUUGUUGAUGCAGAUAUGGCAAUGUUGGACAACAAUCGCUUACAUUUUUACCGAAGGAUUGACUCUCCUCCGAAUAAUCAAACAGUAUCUGAAACUCAAAGUGAAGAAGCAGAUAACACAGAGGAACAAGAACCAGCCAGUAAUGCUCAGAUAAGAGAAAUGGAUAGUAUAGUUAGCGCAAUGGAAGCUGAUGUCACAACUGGAUGUGAUUUCUUUACAAGAUCAAGUGAAUCCCAUUCUACAUUAAAACCCCAGACAAAACCUAAUCAAAAAAAGGAAGCAUCGACGGAGCAAGAAAUUGGAGAUAUGGAAAGAGAAAACGUCAGUGGAACGUCCAGUGAUGAAACAGACAAUAAUGGGGAUGAAAGAAAAAUACUUAUUAAACUUAAAUAUCUUAAUGAUACUUUAAAAGAGGUAGAAGGCAGUCUUGAUGAACUUUUAAAGGAUUUCAAAAGGCGGCACUUCUCGGCGGAACUGUGUGAGGAUCGACGCGUACGGCUCAUCUUCCGCGGUCGAGUGUUAGGUGAUGAGGCGGCCACCUUGCGUGCCUGUGGCCUUCAUCAUCAUGCUGUGGUGCACUGCCUUGUACACCCUUCACGUGCGCCACGCUCCGCCGAGCAGCAACAGCAGCACGGCCCCGCCGAGGCCCCGGCGCGCGCGGUGUCGGAGGCGGCGCCCGAGCGCGCCUGGGACCUCGAGAACAUACUCAUGACGCUCGUCUCCGUCGCGCUCACCGUCGUCUGGUUCUUCAGGUGUGAAUAUUCUAAUAUGUUUACCGCAAGUGCAAGCGUUGCCUUGUUCGGAUUGACUGUGUUCUAUAGCGUAGCUAUAUUCGGUCUAUAUCUCUCAGAUACAUUCCACUUCGACAGACGCCCCGCACAGCCAGUACCUAAUAACUAGAAACUAUGUAAACGUUACUUAUAAACCGCCUUUUAUAUCUAAAAUGUAUUCAAUGAGCCCUUUGGACGAUUGAAAUGGUACUAUGUCGAUGUUUUUGAAAACAAAAAAUAUGUUACCACAGCAUUUCUGCUCAUUAUUAAACGAUUUUAGCUUGAAAUAAACUAUCUAAAAUAGUUUGCCUGAUAAUGUUACAUAUUCGAGUGCUCUUGGAUAUCCACGAGUUUUUAAUGUUGUAAUAUUUUUAAAAAACGAAAAAAAAAGGUUACAUAAAGUGAAAUUUAAAUUUGAUUUUAAUUUUAAGAGGCAGUUAAUCUAUUGUUUGUUUGUACUUCGACAGUUUUAUAUGUUAAGGUACAUUUUUGUCAUAAAAGAUCAUUCAUUACUAUUUAUAAAUAAAAGAUGUUGAUAGCAGAUUGAAA